AUGUAAACAGGUGGCAACGCCGAAAUAUAGUCGCUUUGUUUUUAUCGCGUAUUUAUUUCUCGCUGGGUCAAAUAUUUAAUAUUGAUUCCAACUGAAAUAGUUUUUUUCCGUCAAAAUAAUUAAAUUUUCGUAUUAAAAUGUGGUUUAUGACACAUACAACAAGCGGUGAAAGAUUCUAUCUAUCCAAUGAUAAACCGAAAUACACUGUAGGUCGCGUGGGCACUGACUUGGAAUUACAGAAUGAUAAUUGUGUCAGUCGUUCACAUGCUGUAUUCCAUGUAACAGAGACCGAAAAUGAAACCUAUGUCGAAUUGGAAGAUAUGGGCUCUAAGUAUGGGACAUUUAUCAAUAAGGACAUCGAAAAGAAUGUACCUCUGGUGAAGGGGCAAAAAACUCGUUUGAAAAAUAACGAUAUCGUUAGAUUUGGUCGUCUGCAAAAUAUAUGGAAAAUUCAACAGUUAAACGUAAUAACAAUCACAUCUGCCUUGAGUGCAGACGAUGUGACUCAAGUUACCAAAAACCUUAAAGCUAUUAGUGGAAAAAUUCUGAAUCAAUGGUCGCCAUGCUGUACACAUUUAACCAUGAAUACCCCCAGCGUUACGGUGAAACUGCUGCAUGCAUUGAUAGAUCAAACUCACAUUGUGACCACCAAGUACUGGGAAGAUUUGGCUAAAGCCGUGGCUCAGCGGCAAUCACAACUACCCAAGCCGGAAUUGUAUCGUCCACCGUUCGACGAGGCUGAUGUCGACGUAAGACCGAAGCCUCAGAGACGUUUAAUUUUCAAUGGAAUGACAUUCAUAUUCCUGUGUCGCAAGCAUUACGAUACCUAUGGACCGAUUGUUAGAGCUGCUGGAGGUGCAUGCAAAGACAUAACAUCCGGAGUACAGAAAAGCUUUCUAAUAAAGAAUAACGUUGUUGUCAUUCAGCACAUACCAUCCACACAAUCACAAAGUUCGCAAACAAUUCAAGGAAUUACCGAAAUACUUGAAAACCAUUCCAGACGCAUUAUACCCGAAUACGAAAUCGGUUUAGCCAUAAUUAAAUGCUCAACACAGGAAAACUGCAAUCCAUUGUACAAAAUACCAGAAAGUAUUCCAAAUACGGCUAGAUCUCUAGAUUUGAGUGGCGAUGUGAACACACAAUCGCAAGGUUUUGGAAUACCAGAAACCAAUGUGAAAUUGGUGACUUCAACGCCUUAUGACAUGGCCCCUCCAAAUGACUCGGAGGACAUGCAGGAAACUAUGCCCAACAUGUACAUAUCCGAAACACCAGUGGAGCAACCCAAGAAACGAAAACACAUCAAUGUACUGAGUGCAGACUCGCAAGAUAGCGAUGAUGAGGAACUGUUUCACUUUCCGAAAAAGUCGUGUAACAGAAAUGCUGAAGGAGAAGAACCCUCGAAUGUUUCCAACGAAGAGCAGCAGCAGGCUGUUGCUAAGGGAGCUCGACCCAUUAAACGCAGUAUGUUUGCCUGUUACAAUGACAACUCUGAAACAGAUAGUAAAAUAAUGAAACCCUCAUCGCCUUUGCGUAACGAUGAUGGAAAUGCCACAAACAACACGAAUCGGAAACGUCCCCACAUCCAAGUGCUGGGUGAAGAAGACGGCGAGGAAGGUGACGGAGAUGAUCUUUUCUGCUUCGGUGAUACACAAACAAGCAAGAAAAAACGAACAGCAGGCGAUGAAGCCGAUGACGACUUGUUUGCAUUUAAGGACUCGAAUAAAAAUGACCAAGAAGGCAGCACGGAGAACGAUCAAAAUGAAGACAGUUCUGAGGUGAUGGUGUCCACACAAAAGUUUGUGGUCAUUGAAAAACCAAAACCGAAGAAUUAUUCCAUGAUACAAGUGCCCAAACCGAAAGUUUUACCACGUACAAUUUCUGCCAUAGAUUGGAUAUCCGGUUCGUUGGGAAAAAUUAAAAUUAAGAAUGAAAAUGGUGUUACUAUUAAACCAGAACCUGCUGAUGUUAAAAACGAAAAUGUUAAUGGUGAAUUUGAAGGAAAGAACGAGGAUGAAGAUGAUGAAGUCAAGAUCAAACAGGAAAUUAAUGGAAACGAUGAUGAAGACUCUAUUACAGAGGAUCACCGCAAGUGGCUGGAAAACAUGAAAAAUGCCAUUGAAAUACAGGAAAUAUCUUUGCAUAAUAAUACCAAGAUGAAUGAACGUUCACACUAUAGAUAUAGAGGCAGCAAUGAUACAACGGCGAGUUUAAAUGGCACCUUUAGGAAUUUCAAGACCUUUGUGAAGAAAUACCAACCUCCGUCUCAAACAACUUCAAUACAAUUACAUAUUCGUUGAUUUCGAAACAGAGUGUGAUCGUCUACGAUUGAAAAGAAGAAAACUACGCAUAAUUAUUUUUCCAAUUACUUAUUUACACUUAAUGUAUUCUGUACUAUUAUGUCAUAUAUUGAUCAUGAAUAUUUGAUUAGAAAUACUCCCCUUUCUUCGUUCAUAUUUGAACAAAUUAA